UUCGUACUGUCAUCAGGCGCAUCAAUAUUACAUAGUUACAUCCCGAGCUAAUAAAAGGAAGGUAAAAAACACUUAUGCAACAACCAGCUAAGGCGCUGUUAUCAGAAUCAACCUCGUCAUCAUUCAAACAUGAAUUUUGCAGGUAAGGUGGUCCUAGUCACAGGUGCGAGCUCUGGUAUUGGAGCUGCUACAGCAGUGAAAUUCGCCAAGUUAGGAGCUUCGCUAGCUCUCAAUGGACGCAAUGAGAAAAAUCUCAAAGCCGUUGCACAGCAAUGUGCUAAUGUUGGUAAAGAACCACACUUGGUGGUGGGAGAUGUGUCCAAGGAAUAUGACAUUAAAUUUAUUUGGCAGAAAACAGUGGAAAAAUACACAAAACUAGACGUACUGGUUAACAAUGCAGGUAUAAUUGAAACGGGUAGCAUUGAAAACACGAGUCUGGAACAAUACGAUCGUGUGAUGAAUACCAACCUACGAGCCAUAUAUCACCUAACAAUGUUGGCCGUACCGGAACUUAUAAAGUCCAAGGGCAAUAUUGUAAAUGUGUCCAGUGUAAAUGGCAUACGUUCAUUCCCUGGCGUACUCGCUUACAAUAUUUCCAAAAUGGGUGUAGAUCAGUUUACGCGAUGUGUUGCCUUAGAACUGGCUGCAAAAGGUGUUCGUGCAAAUUGUGUAAAUCCAGGCGUCACCGUGACGAAUCUGCACAAACGUGGCGGCAUGGAUGAGGAAACGUAUUCAAAGUUCUUGGAACAUUCAAAAACAACACACGCACUCGGACGUCCUGGCACAGCGGAUGAGGUGGCAAAUGCUAUAACUUUCUUGGCCAGUGACUUGGCCACUUUUACGACUGGCGUUAGUUUGGCAGUGGAUGGUGGUCGUCAUACUAUGUGCCCACGCUAAUAUGGAAAAUAAUACAUAAACCAUUGCAUUUCCUUAAUCUUGCAUUUAUUGUUGCUUAAAAAGAUUUAAAAAUAACUAGUUUUUUCUAACGUUUUUUUAUUUUAAUUGAGAAUA